CUUCUUGACUUUUAUUAUCUUGCAUGCCUUGAAGCACAUUCUGACCAGACAAUUGUGUUCCUGAGACAGAAUCUUCUUAUGUUUCAUGCCAAUAAAGAGGCAUUCAUUUGCUUGGGCACACGGAAGAGCAAGGACACCAAUGAGAGCAUGUUCCAAAUCCCCAAGCUCCAUUCUUUUGUUCACUAUAUGUCAGCCAUUAUGGAAGCAGAUUUGCUGGAUAACUGGGACACCCAAAUGAUGGAGGGCCUUCAUAAGACACUGGCAAAGAUCCCAUUUUGUGAAAGCAGUGGACGUGAGAGCACAUGCAUUCAGGAGAUGGCUGCUUGGAUUGCAAGGCAUGAGAAACUGGCUGGAUUUCAAGUGGUUCUAGAAUGGAGAUUG